CCUUUACUUACCAUUUUACAAAGAAAAAAAAAACAUUCUGGUUCACAAGAAAUUGAUAUCUACCUCUAAAAUAGAGCGGUGAUCAAAUUCAUAGACAAAUUACUCUAUCAUUUCCGCUGCAAUCAGUCAAAAGUUUUUUUUGUAUCAAUGGUUUAUACUUACUACCGUAUAAAUACAUAGCUAAUAUCUUUCACACGUGUGCAUACGUGGAUUGAUACUAUAUCAAGCGUGGGAGAAUUAUUCAUAUUUCAUCCGACUUAUCUAUAAAGACACAUAGUCUCUCUUGUUCUUCUAAUCCACAUAUCAUCACAAACUUUCUCUCUCAUUCUCUUUUUAGCUUUUCUUAGUAUAUAGUACACGUUCGAAGAAGACCGUUCGUGUGCAAAAACAUGAGGUGUAGAGCACUUAACAUUCGUAGAAGAAAGAGAGUAAUGGUUAAUGUGAGCUCAAGGAAGCUCAUGACCCGUCUACGGCGAAUGGUUGCUCCGGAGACGAGUUUUUCCGGCGAGGUUGACGGUGCUACACUUUAUCGACUCACGGCUGAUCACAUUUUCUUACUUCAAGCAAGAAUCCAACUUCUUCGUCGUAUUUCUUCUGUUUGUGGUCUCUAGAUCGAAGAUACACGUGGCUAAAAAAAGACGAAGAAAUGGUAUAAUUAUGGAUAAAACGUCUGUUUUCUCUAUAUAUAUUCUCUUAAGCAAUCAACUUAUAAGUUCGUCGUAAUGCCGACGCUAUAAUUUGAACGUAUUUAUGUGAAUUUAUGUUUGUAAUGUUUUUAAUUGUGAACAGUUUUUUACAUGCAUGCAGCUUUGACCGCGUUUAUAUGUAGCGUUGACACACGAAUACUACGACACGCCUACGUUUUUGAAGUAUAUAUCUAGUUUGAAAUGACGACUAAUUAUGAGAUAUAAUCAUAGAAAAAUAAAAUUGACCUAAGAAUAUGGUAAUCUGCGUAUGACAUAUGCGCGGUCCAUGCAUGAUGCAUGUGAAACUUCUGCCAUGUUAUCGUCUUAUCGCUCGCUCUCGGUAGGGGAAAACUAGAGUGUCGACAGAUUCAGAGAUAAAACGAUCCCCAAAGAUAUAUAUAUGGCAUCAAUCGAUAACCCAAUUAUUAGGGUGAACGCUAGGCCAAUAUCCUAUAUUUUUGUUUGGUAUUCAUGUCUCAUGAUUAGCUCAACUCAACUAUCAUCCACUCUUUAAUUGUGAUUUAUUAUGAUAAAUACAAAUUCAUAAAACAUAUAUUUAUAUAAUAUACGAAAUUUAUCUAAGUACUAUACAAACUAUCGAAAUAUAUAUUUCUAAUCGAAUUGAA